AUGAAGCUCUCACGAAUACUCCAACUACCGGUGCUCCUCGGUUCCGCCCUCCUCGCCCCCGACCAUCUCGUCGCUGCCGAGCACACUAGCAAUUGGGCCGUCUUGGUCGGCACCUCGCGUUUCUGGUUCAACUACCGCCACCUCGCCAAUGUCCUCUCCAUGUAUCGGACCGUCAAGCGCCUCGGCAUCCCUGAUUCGCAGAUCAUAUUGAUGCUACCCGACGACAUGGCCUGCAAUCCUCGAAAUGCCUUCCCCGGCACUGUCUAUAGCAAUUCAGACCGUGCCGUUGAUCUUUACGGCGACAAUAUCGAGGUCGACUACCGUGGGUACGAGGUCACCGUCGAGAACUUCAUCCGCUUGCUUACAGAUCGCGUGGGCGACGAGAUGCCCCGAAGCAAGCGCCUCUUGACCGACGACCGAAGCAACAUUUUGGUAUACAUGACAGGCCACGGCGGUAACGAGUUUUUGAAGUUUCAGGAUGCCGAAGAGAUCGGCGCCUUUGAUCUAGCUGAUGCCUUCGAACAGAUGUGGGAGAAGAGGAGAUAUCACGAAAUCCUCUUCAUGAUCGACACAUGCCAGGCCAAUACCAUGUAUAGCAAGCUGUAUUCGCCCAAUAUCAUUGCCACGGGGUCCUCCGAGCUUGACCAGUCAUCCUACUCACAUCAUGCCGACAGCGACGUUGGUGUGGCCGUCAUCGACCGAUAUACGUACUACAACCUCGAAUUUCUCGAGUCUGAAGUGCGGGAUCUGAGCAGCAAGAAGACAGUAGGGGACCUGUUUGACAGUUAUACGUACGAAAAAAUACAUUCCAACGCGGGUGUUCGAUACGACCUAUUCCCGGGUGGGGCAGAUGUCGCCCGGCGCCGACUGUUGACAGAUUUCUUCGGAAACAUUCAGAAUAUUGAGGUCGAUGGAAGUAAAAACGCGACGGUGGAUGACGACAUGCUGGUACUCAGUCGGACUAUUGCUCGGUUACGCGCUAUGGCAGACCAGCAGGAUCUGGAAGCCAACAACGUCACAACAUCCGCCAAUGCUAACACAAAACCCAUAAAGAGAAUCCAACCUGCCAAGUCGCUCACUAGUGAUAAUUGGUGGAGUAAGAAAAUGGUGGGAGCAACAACGUUGGCUGGAUGCGCGGCCCUGUGGAAGCUGGGGUCAUAUCUGGAAGGAUCUAGGAGUUGA